AUGCCUACAUAUACCACGGGCCCGCGAGAACGGGUACCCGGGAUUAUGUGGAAAAUUGAUAAAUUACCGUUGGAUCCUCAACGAGAAUUUUUGGACAUGGAUACAGACAACGAAGAGUUUGGUCGACAAGAAAGUCCUGAAACCGAAGAGGAGCAAUCUUCCGAACUGAUCAAACCAGUCUUUGAUGAACAAGAUUUAGACAAAUUGGUACAAUAUAUAAAAGAUUUCACAAUUCUUCCUUCUAUCAAGAAUUCCGAUUGGAAAGAGGAUUGUUAUAUGAUAAUUCGCGAAUAUUUUGAAAACCCAGCUUACAUGUUAUUAUGUGUAUAUUUUCAAGUUGAUACACUGAAAGCACGGUUAAGCAUCUUGGAUGAUAAUCAAAGCGAUUUUGUAUAUUUCUUACGAAUACCUUGGCACGUGUUUACAGUUGAUAAUUUUCAUGCCACAGUUGUCUUCGGCAGCAUCAAUCGUAACACAAUGAUGUGCGUGUUGAAGUUAAUGGAAAACAUGUAUAUCACCGUCGCACGUAGCGAUGAUGAGUGGCCUGAAAUUAUUAGAAACAAUUUGUUUUCAAAUCUACACAAUUUUCUAAUGUGCUUAACCGAAUGGGUUUACAAGCCAAUGGAUUUAACCAAAUUAUAUGUACCGGGAGAAAAUUUGUCUGAUAUUGCGACACUACAGAGAGAUAUUCUGCAUAUUUCUAAGGAAUUGCAGGAAUCAGAAAAGGCAUUGAUUGAUAUAUACGAAAGAAUAGUACAAUAUUGGGUCAAACAGAUACGGCAAGUACUGUCAAGUACAUCCACAAGCAACAGUAAACGAACCAUAUUCGACGAGGUGCAAUGUUGGACAAGAAAAUAUUUUAAUUUAAGCUGUUUGCACGAUCAAUUAUCGAAUAUGGAAGUUCAAUCGAUAUUGCAUCUGUUAGAGAACAUUUGUUCACCGAGCGUGGACUCCUUUCAACUUUUAACAUUACAGCUUCGCGAAAGCUUAGAACAAGCUGCAUCCAAUAUAAUGUAUCUGAAUAUACUAUCAGAAGCUUGUGAAAAUCUGAAAUGCCCAAAUGAGAUUGAAAAGCCCAUAAUGAAAAUAUUGUUAUUGAUACUGUUCAUCUGGACAGAAUCCCCGUUUUAUAAUGUGUCGAGUAACAUAGAAGUACUUUGUGAAGCUAUAAGCACACAAAUAGUACUUCAAUGUAAAAAUUAUGUCAAUUUGCAAAUAAUACUAGAAGGCGACAUAGAAAAUGGAAUAAAUGUACUCCAGAAAUGCAUCUCCUGUUGUCAAAUAUAUAAGACGAUAUAUAAUAAAGUAUUUACGAAGAUAACUGCGCUUAUUAAAUUGAAUAGCAACUGGAAUGUGAACGAACAAUUAAUAUUUAAUUACAUUGAUACGUUUAUGCAAAGAUGUUAUAAUAUCAUUGAAAUAUGCAAUACUUCAAGAGUGUUUGAAAAGUGUACUAAAGUGGGAAUGAUUGGCGGUCCAAAUGGUAUAAAAUAUGAUGCUUGUUGUUGCCAAAUAGAGAAUUUAUUUUCUGAGAUUCUUGCCGAAAUUAAAUUGAUCUGCCACGAAAUUUUAGAUGUUACAAAAUUUUCGUGGCUCGAGAACAUGCUGAAGUUUAAAAACUUUGUGACGGAAUUAGAGAACAUGGUCAAAAAUUUGAUCGACUGCAUAUUUGAUGAGAUAAAAAAUGUAGAAGAGGGCAUCGAGGCAAUUUAUGCUUUACAACGCUUUAAAUAUAGGAAAUCAUUGAGAGAUUUAUUAUCGAGGAAAUGGGUGCAGGUUUGGGAAAUGUUUAGUAAAGAAAUUGAAAGCUGUAGUAAUAAUAUGAUUUUAUGUCAAUCAUAUUAUACUCCGUUUCAAUGCUACUCAAAAGACGUAAUUAUGCUAUGCAUUAAACAAUAUUUAGAACGAUCAUUCCAUAUAAUGAUGGAUAUGUCCGAUUGUAUAGGAGAUUGUGCAGCUGAGACAUAUAUAUUGGAGCAAUACAAGCAAAUGAUGUGUCGGCAAAAGUAA